AUCGCUUCUCUUCCACUUUCCUUGCGACGGCUGCUCGGUCAACGACUGUACACGCAGGUACAGUCCCCCUGCCACUGCACCAAUAAUCACGAUCAAUUGGCACCACGAGGCUUCUUCAGCUUGCCUCGUUUCAUUCCAUUUCGUGCAACCAAAAUGCCUCUCGUGGAUCCGGUAACAAUGUCCUCGUCAGCAAUCGUGAAGGGCGCCGUAGCUCAGUCGACAUCGACAACAAAAAGUACACCUGGAAGUCAAGCGACAGAGUCAUCGACGACAACGGCCGGUUCCAGCAGCUCGCUGGCGACUCUACGACCCGUCCAAAUCAAACAAACGCCCGCUGCUCAGACCAUCCGCUAUGCUCUACCGGCCGCCUUGACCGCCUUAUACCUGUUUCGAUUCGACGCCCUCGUCACCAAUCCCGUCCCAGUAAUGCUCAACGCCUUGCCCGUCGUCGCGGCAUUCCAGAUGACCUAUGCACUUCUUUGUCUGCCUGCGGCGGGCGAGCCGGCGUCAAAGUCGAACCGUAAACCCCGGCCGGGCGAGAGGAAGAAGGGCGGCGACAUUGGGUCGAGCACGAUCAUUACCGCACUCCUAGCCUCCGUUUUGACCUCUAUUGUCACGCCCUUCCUAUACUUCGCCAUGGUCCUCUUCGGCGCGCCCUUCCUCACACAUGGGUCGCAUACCUUCCUGUGCGCCGCGCACCUUGCCCUCCUUACACUCUUCCCGCUCUUCUACGUACACGGCGUCGACUCGGCCGCCUGGGCUGCGGUCGGCGGAUUCCGUGCACCGCUCGAUGAGACCUUUGGCGGUCUGGUGGGCGGCCUUGUGGGCGCGUGGCUGGGCGCUGUGCCUAUUCCACUGGAUUGGGACCGCGAGUGGCAAAGGUGGCCGGUUACCAUUCUCUGUGGUGCUUAUGGAGGAUACUUGCUUGGUAGGGUUUUGGGAGGAACGUUGUUCUGGGGGAAGAGAUUUUGAGUUGAAGGGGAUGUUUGUCAAAAGCUGGGUUUCCUUCAACGGAGGAAUUCUCCUCUGCUCCUGGUCAUCCGCUACAUAACUUGCGCCUUAUCUUCACGGCGGGAAUCGGCGGUAUGGCGUAGGUUAUCUUGGGGUGUGACAUGGUCGGUUGUGGUACUGCUGGUAAUGGUGUUGCCUUUCUGCAGGUCGGAAACACACAGGGAACGGGGUAACGGGUUGUGAAACCCUUUUCGGGUUUGGAGGUUGGCCGUUACCCGGCAUCAAGAUAAUUCUGAUAAAGCUCCUCCAGAUAGCAGUUAAUGUUUUGUGCGGA